AUGGAGAGGCACAAAUGCAAGCUCUGCGCUAGAACUUUUGCUAAUGGCAGAGCAUUGGGUGGACACAUGAAGGCUCACUUGGCCACUCUUCCUCUUCCCCCAAAGACCCAGCAACUCACUGAGUCAGCCUCGUCUUUAUCUUUAUCCUCAGGUGAAGAACCAGAACCAGAACCAGAACAAGAACAGCAACUACAGGAAGAAGAAGAAGAAGAAAAGGGUUUGGUGUAUGGGUUGAGAGAGAACCCAAAGAGGAGUUUCAGGCUUGCAGAUCCUGAGUUCUCUUUUACAGUUGAUGCUGGCUCUGUCAUUCAAGACAGAGAGAGCGAGACCGAGUCAAAAAACCCGACUCGGAGACGAUCCAAGCGGAAUCGGAGAUCAUUUGUGGUUGUUACAGAGAAUCAGAGGCAGCAGCAGCAGCAGAGCCAGAAAUUGGAGUUGCAGAAAAAACCCAUGUUGACAAAUUCAACACAACCCAGUUUGGCUGAGUCAAUGGCCGAGCCUGAACCGCUGAGCUCGGUCUCUGAUACUUCUCCUGAAGAAGACGUUGCUAUGUGUCUUAUGAUGCUCUCAAGAGAUGUAUGGAUGAGAAGAACAAAUGAUCAGCAGCAAGCAGAUCAAUCAGACCAAGAUCAAGAACAUGGUAAGCAAGCAGUGGAGAAAUUGGAGGGGAUCAAAUUGAAGAAAGUUCGAGGCAAGAAUCGGUGCGAGAAAUGCAGCAAGCUGUUUCGAUCUUAUCAAGCAAUGUGCGGGCAUAAAAAAAUUUGCUUUCGCAACGAAGACGAAGCAAUCAACAAUGCAGGUGGUGAGAAGCUAUUUGAGUGCCCGUUUUGUUGCAAAAUUUUUGGUUCUGGCCAAGCUCUUGGUGGCCACAAAAGAUCUCACCUUUCGGGCUCCUCGAGAUCAAUGGCUGCUGGAAAAACUGAAGUUCGAGAGAGUUUCAUAGAUCUCAACCUGCCAGCUCCUCAGGAAGAAGAUGAUUUUAGCGUGCUAUCUGAUGCUUGA